AUGAAGAUGCAGAUGAGGAUGGCGACAGCCUUUCCAGUCCAGACCACCAACCCCCCUGUAGGCUCCUCCUGGAGGAAGAGAGCCCUCAGGGCCAACGGCAGCCACGUGCAUGGGGUGGCGGAGCUGCAGGGCAUCAUUUGGUCUUUCUACUCGUGGCUGCAGCCAGACACCCACAGUAAGCAGGACAUGAUUUUCCAACUGUCGGUGGAGCAGUUCCUGCUCAACAGGCCCAGCAGCGAGAGGGCCGCAUGGCAGGAGAAGUGGGAGUCGAGUGGCAGGGACAUGGCGGCGUUCAUGGAGCAACUGCGGGGUGAAGUCCUGAGGCCCCCGAGAAUGAUACCUGCCAGCAUGAAGGGGCAGGAAGCCCUGUUCUCAGAGAACAUGCCCUUUGGACAGGUCUGGGCCAUCCUCCGGGAGCAGUGCUCAGCAGCAGCCCCCACGGCGCUCACCCCGGGGACACCCUCCCCGACGUCCCCAGAGACACCCCGACCAGCAGCACCAGGAGAUGCAGAUGAAGAUGGCGACAACCUUUCCAGUCCAGACCCCCCCCCCCCUCCCUGCUCAUCCUGCAGGGAGAGAGCCCUGAGGGCCCGCGGAGAGAAGAGCCUCCCCGAGGCGCCCCGGGAGGCGGGGAGCGCCCAGAAGCUGUACCGGUGCGACCAGUGUCCCCAGGUCUUCAGGUACCUCUCUCGGUUCCAGCUGCACCAGAGGAGGCACAACAAAGAGCGGCCCUUCGCUUGUGCCACGUGCGGCAAAGGCUUCUUCCAGGCCUCGGACCUGCACGUGCACCAGCUGAUCCACGCGGAGAAGAGGCCCUUCCGCUGCGGCCGCUGCGACCGCGCCUUCAGCCACCGGACCAACCUGCAGGCGCACGAGCGCAUCCACACGGGCGCCAAGCCCUACGCGUGCGCUCAGUGCGGGAGGACCUACCGCCAGUCCUCCACCUACCACCGCCACCUGCGGAUGCACCAGAGGAAGGCCUCGGGAUCUGGGGCCUCCACGCCCGGGGACACUACGUCCAGGGACUCCACAUCCAGAGACUCCACGGCCCCGGCCUCCACAUCCAGGGCCUCUACAUCCAGAGACUCCAUGCCCACGGACUCCAUGCUUAGGGCCUCCACAUCCAGGGACUCCAUCCCCAGGCACUCCAUGCCCGGAGCUUUCUCCCUGUAA